GCACCUUCGGAUUCACAAUACCUUUUCGAUCAGGUAUUGAACUCAAAGGAUCAAAGGGCCAAGGCACAGGGAGGGGGAGCCACAUCAGGAAAUACUAAAGAGAAACGGUUCCUCUGCAUGUUCUGUAACAAAGGCUUCAGCAGCUCCCAGAAGGUGGAGAUCCACCAGAGGGUCCACACAGGGGUGAAACCCUUCAGCUGUACCCAGUGUCAUAUGCGCUUCACCCAGGCUGGUGACCUGAAGAGGCACCAGAGGGUCCACACAGGAGUGAAACCCUUCAGCUGUACCCAGUGUCACAUGAGCUUUGCCCAGGCUGGCAACCUGAAGAGGCACCAGAGGGUCCACACAGGGGAGAAAUCCUACAGCAACCCCCCAGUGUGAGAAGAAGUUCUCCCACUUGCACCAACUGAACAUGCACCUGAAAGUCCAUAUGGGAGAAAGGCCGUUCGCCUGUACGCACUACGGGAAGAGGUUCUCAGAGGAUACACCAGCAGAAAAAACAUUCCACGCAAUGACCUAUAAAUUAACCAUUCCACUCGAUUGCUUCUGGCGUUUAAAUCAAACCCUGCAUUAAAGACAAAGAUACAUGUUAAUUGUUGUCAGCAGAAAAGAUCCACAGAUGCUUUUGGAAUAACGAGAGUAACAGAUUAGUGUUGAAUAUUCCUGGGUAGAAUAUUGCAUUCAGACGUGUGCUAUAUAAGCCUAAAAAGUCUGUUACAUAUUGUGUUUGUACUGUGUAGGCUAUAUGAUGUUGACAAAUACCUAUUUCUUUAAUUUUUUCAUGCAGAUAUUUUGUUGACGUGUGUGUGGG